AGUGAUACCAGCAAGAACUACGCUUUCAUGACCCGUGUUGAUAUUGAUAUGUUGGAUGUCAUUCCUGACGAUUUACAAUUGAAUGGUACAAACUACAUUGUUUAUAACGAAGAAGCCGAUAUGCCAGGUCCUUAUGACAUUGACUCCAUUGAUGACUUCUUUGACGAUUUCUACUUGAAACCAUUGAGUAAUACUACUUUGCUUGACGAUGCUGAUUAUACCAUUACUGUUGAUGUUAUUAUGGACAACUUGGGUGACGGUGUUAACUAUGCUUUCUUCAACAACAUUUCCUACACUACUCCAAAGGUUCCAACUUUGUUGACUGCUUUGUCUUCUGGUGAAUACGCCACCAACAGUUUGGUUUACGGUACUAACACCAACUCGUUCGUUUUGCAACCUGAUGAUGUUGUUGAUAUUGUGGUCAACAACUUGGAUACCGGUAAGCAUCCAUUCCACUUGCAUGGUCACGCUUUCCAAGUUAUUGAAAGACAUGAAGCUGUUGAUGACAGUGAUCCACCAGUUGGUUUCAACGCAUCCGACCAUGCCGAAUGGCCAGAACACCCAAUGAUCAGAGAUACUGUUUUCGUUCAACCACAAUCCUACAUGGUUUUGAGAUUCAAGGCUGAUAAUCCAGGUGUUUGGAUGUUCCAUUGUCAUAUUGAAUGGCAUUUGGACCAAGGUUUGGCCAUCUUGUUAGUUGAAGAUCCUAUUGGUAUCCAAAAGGACCCACGUCAACAAAUCACCGAUAACCACAAGCAAAUUUGUGAAAAGGUUGGUGUUCCAUGGGAAGGUAAUGCCGCUGGUAACAACAAGGACUUCCUUGUUUUGACUGGUGAAAAUGUUCAACACAGCAGAUUGCCAACUGGUUUCACUGCCAGAGGUAUUGUUGCCCUUGUAUUCUCUUGUAUUGCUGGUGUUUUAGGUCUUACUGUUAUUGCCUUUUACGGUAUGGCUGAAGUUAAGGAUGUUGAACAAAGAGUUGCCAGAGACUUGGAUGUUGAUAUUGAAGACGACGAUGUGGAAUACGUUGGAGAACAAGAUUCUUCCUCUUCUGGUGUUGGUGUUUCCAGCAAAUAA